AAAGCAGCUCGAUUUUGACCAUCUCUAGCUUGAAAUUUAGCGUCUUGGCUGAUAUUUUGAGAUAUAUCGAAAAAUAACAAGAUCGGCAGUGAACUGUCAUGUUUCCCAGGAGGAAAUCUUGAUUGAGCACAUAUAUGAGUGAAACGGACAGCGAAGGUGGGGCGGAAGUCGAGAGCGCCGUGGAUUCGGAAAUAUACUCAUCGGACAGCAGGGAAUCCGAUCAGCCUGCUUUGAGAAGGAGGAAUACAGACUUAGGUCCGGAGUUUAUGCUGCAAGGAAUGGAGAAUGUAUACGAAGCUCUCGAGCCGGAAGCCAAUGAAGAUGAUAGCUCUACAGAAGAAGAGGCGAGCCUCAAUCCAGUUGAAGCUCAGCAGCCGGCGCCUGAGAUUCAGGUACAACUGGGCGAGGAAGCUUUUGAUCAGCCUGGUGAGAACCAGGAACACGAGCAACCGGCAGUCUUGCCAAGAGUUCCGUCACCAAUUGUGGUAGAUCCCUCGCCUUUGGUCAGUCCCCCAAGAACUUCCCGGCGUAACCAAGGCGAAGAACCAGAGGUUAUCUCAUUGGAAACGCCAUCACCGCCCAAAAAACGUAAACGUCUCUCCGCUGCUGCCGAUAAAAGCCUUAAGAAGUCUCCCGAGGGCAAACCAAUAGCUGUGGAUGACGAGGACGAUGGUCUGACCUGUCCCAUUUGUCUGGAUUCCUGGGAGAUGAGUGGCGACCAUCGGUUGGUCUCGCUACGAUGUGGUCAUCUCUUUGGAGAAUCCUGCAUUCGACGAUGGCUAAAUGAAAGCCAACGCCAAUCUUCUGUAAAGGUGUGCCCGCAGUGCAAAACGAAGGCCGCAUUUAGAGAUAUCCGUCAUCUGUACGCGAAGCGCAUUCAGAUGCUGGACACGGAUAUUAGGGAGCAGCUAGAGGCGGAGCGCCGGCGUACCCAUACUCUUACAACAGAGCUGGCUACUGCGAAGCUGGCUCACACACUAACCGCCGAGAAGCUAAUGCUCCUGCAAAAGGACUACGAUCGGCUUAAGGAGCUGGUGAGAGUAGGUGGUGGGCGGGGAGCAUUCGGAGACGAUGCCUCCGGCCAGAAGAGCAUUCAACAACUGGCCACGUAUCGAUUGUACAUGGAGAAGAACUUCGAGAUUACUCGAGAGCCUGGCUGCCGAGUACUACUCUAUUCCGCCAAGCACUCCAUGCUGGUGGCCUCGCAAAAGAGUGCUCAAAACCUGUUUCCCGGCUACGGAGUACGAUUCAUUGAUCCGCCCAGCUUCAAGCCACUGCACUUCCUGCACACCUCAGCGCUCUUAAUCAGGGACAUUGCGUUUAGCGAGUCACAGCACUUGCUCACGGUGGCCAGUCGGGAACCAAAGAUCAAGAUCUUUGACAUAAGAACACGACUUUGCUCGUCUAUGUUCACCGCUCAUGACAAAAUGCUGUGGUCGUGCGCCCUGGAUCGGAAUGAGCGCGAACACUUUCUGUACGGCGGAGACCUGCGAGGUGGAGUUUAUAUCUACGACUUGCGGUUUCCCGAGAACAUUCUCUGCGAAUUCCAAGCCGCAGAGAACUUUAGUCCUGUGAUACACAUAGUUCCUGUGCCACCAAAUAAGAUUUUCACCAGUGGUGGCUUCCUGGUCUGCCAGCUGACGGCCCUUACAUUUUACGAGUACGCCGCGGCCAGUGAUACGGCUGUGCCCACUCGACUAAAUGUGGAGGGCCCCUUUCUGUCCAUGCAAUACGAUGUCGUGCAGGACACGGUGCUCAUAUCCGCCCGAUCCAAUCCGAAUUUUCCCCAGUCUCGCUUCAUACUCGGCCGACUGGACAAGAUCGAUGGAACGCCAGUGCUGAAGGUCAAGGCCACCAUCUAUGGAUCGAAAGCCACACCCAUUAUGACGCGACCGACCCAACUGGGCGUCGAGGAUAAUACCUUGGUGGUGGGCUAUCUCCAGGACAGCAAGCAGCUAAUGAUGCAUGAUGUGCGGCGGGAGGAGCGAGUGCAAACAAUGCCGGUCAAUGAGGUGAUCUACGACAUCUGUCCGGUGGCUACCCAGGCCGGAUCCUAUUUGGCCGCCCUCACCGACAAUAAGUGUAGAGUUUACAAAGCAAACAGUUCCAUGCGAUAACAUAUAUCUGCAUUAUUUUCUGUGAAAAUACCCAAAGUUGUGUUUUCUUUUAGCUAAUUUCUGUGAAAUAUGUGACUGCUGAUAUAAACGAGCUUUUAGGCUAAGUUAUUAGUUUUAAAUUUUUCAUUGUUUCCGUUUAUU